AAAAAAAGAAAAUUUUACACCUGUUUAAUCCUCCAAUCGAUAGAAUGGGCCAAAGACACAACAGGCGCCGUUCUCGAUUAAGACCAAACCGCAAUCGCAACAUCGAUACCAUCGAUUCUCCGAUCGACAGUGAUCCCUUCUCGCAAUCUCCCGCCCCGACCUGGCAUUAUGGAUCUGUGAAUUGGACGCGCGAUCACCCACUGCGGCUUGAAACGGAGCAGUGCCGACUCUUUGGUGGUGAACCCGAGGGCGAUGUUGGUAUUUGUUAUCGCAUGUUGGAAUACUUUGGCGGUCUCGACUACAUCAAUUCUUCACAGUCGAGACUCCCCGGAUGAUUGAACGAAAAAGUUAAAAGUUAUGCGCUUUUGUCUUCACGAUGUCCUGAUUUCGUCCUUCGAUUUAUG